UUCCUAUCUGUAACAGGUUAACUGUCUCCACCACCUGUCAAAUCUUUUCGGUAAUUGACGAUGAAUAUUAUUUAAGCAACUAAACACUAUAUCGAUUACUUUCUAUAUAAACGCGUGUACGUGCGUGUGUGGAUAUUCAAAAUAUAUAGUUUCGUAGCCAACAUGUGUUUCGAUCUUAAUUUGAUUCAUUUGAUUAUCAUUUGAUCAAGACAAACAAGGUUUAUUUUAACACGUUGAUCGGACAAAAUAAUGGAAAAAAACCUGAAUGGAACUAGUGAAAAAUGUGACGAAAAGGCGUGUCGCUGGUAUGCAUGGAAAGAACAUACUCAUCGUGACUACGAGCUGGAAAAAAAUGUUUUUGCCAACGUUUUGCAUGUCAUCGGCAAAACGCCUCUCAUAAAACUCAACAAGAUUCCUCAAGCCGAAGGACUACAGUGCAAUGUUUACGUGAAAGUGGAAUUCUUUAAUCCAGGAGGGUCGAUUAAAGACCGUGUUGCCCUUCGCAUGAUCGAAGAUGCUGAAAAAUUGGGAAAAUUGACACCAGGAUGUACGAUCAUCGAAUCGUCUUCAGGGAACACUGGCAUUGGGUUAGCGAUGGCGUGUGCAGUAAAGGGCUACAAAUGUGUGAUUGUUAUGCCGGAUAAAAUGUCAGAAGAAAAAGUGGCCGUUAUAAAACUAUUUGGUGCAAAAAUUGUACUCACGCCGACGGAAUCAGGCUCGGACGAUCCCGAUGGUUUGAUUAUGGUGGCGAAACGGUUAAACCAAGAAAUUCCCAAUUCGGUAAUCUUAGAUCAGCACGAAAACUCCGGAAAUCCUCUGUCGCAUUACGACGGAACAGGAGAGGAGAUUCUCUAUCAACUGGAUGAUAAAGUUGACAUGGUUGUGUGUGGAGUUGGAACUGGCGGGUCAAUUACAGGAAUAAGUGGGAAAGUCAAAGAGCGCUGUCCUGAAUGUAUCAUCGUUGGUGUCGACGCAGAGGACUCCGUGCUUUCUCAGCCCGAAAAGGUGAAGCAAAGUGAUGUCAUAUUCUACGAAGUUGAGGGAAUUGGCUACGACUUUAUUCCGAAUGUUUUUCAUCGUCAUUUGGUAGAUCGUUGGAUUAGGACAAAUGAUAAAAUGAGUUUCCAGAUGAUUCGACGACUAAUUCGUGAAGAGGGCAUCUUAUCUGGUGGCAGUAGUGGAGCAGUUUUGGCUGGUGCACUUCAAUCAGCGAAAGAUUUGAAAACAGGACAAAAUUGUGUUGUCAUUUUAUCGGACGGCAUUCGUAAUUACAUGAAUAAAUUCGUCAUUGACAACUGGCUGGAGGCGAGAAUGUUCAAAGAAAUAGAAAACAAGUUUAAUCACUGGUGGUGGACCCACACCGUCAAAGACCUGAAUGUUAAGAUACCAAAACAUGUUUCAAAUGAUUCAUUAGUCAUUGAUGCGCUAAAUCUUGUAAAAUCCGAGGGCCUGCAGCAUGUGCCAAUCGCCGACGAAAAUGGAACUUUAGAAGGCUUUUUGAAUCUUAAGGACUUAACGAAAAAAGUUGUUAGCCAAAAUUGCUCUCUUAAUCAAUCGAUUAAUAUGGUAGUCUUUAAGCAAUUCCAUAGUGCAGUAGAAACAACAACUCUCGGCUUUGUUGCGAGGAUUCUAGAAACAGAUGAGUUCGUAGCUGUUCUGAACAGUGCAAACCAUUGCAUAGGUAUUGUUACGCACAUAGAUUUGUUAAAUUUCAUCGGAUUGAGUAAUAUUAAUAAAGUCAAUGUUAAUGGAAACGGAAUAUGAAUAGUAAUCCUUUGACCGAAUAUAUAAAUUUAAAGUAAACUAACAUUUCUACUAACAUUUAAUUUGUGACAUCAAAAUUUUCUGUUUUUCGAUUUAAUUUAUUGAUUCUUUGAUCGUUUGUUCUUUUCGUUAACUUUCAUCAAAUAAAUU